AUGGAAGACUUCUUGAAACCUCCAAGUCAAACUAUCAACCUCAUUACUUCUGAAAACAUUCCUAAAAGAAUGAUCCCUCUCCAAAAAUCCAGUAAAACUCUAGUGCGUAAGCUGAUAAACGAAGAGAAAUAACUUUCAAUCAAAUGCAUUCUUAACUCCAACGAAGGAUGAAUUCUCUGACUCUCUAAAACCCAUAACCCUGCUGAUUCCCCAAGUAGCUCAAGUGGCGCAUCUAUCUUCAAAAAAGGGUGAAACAUUUAAAAGCCGAACAGAUAUGAAAAUUCCUCAAAUAAAAGCAAACAACAAAUAACUCCGUCCGAAUUGCUUCAAAAGUAACCUCAAAUGAUAGUGAAAUAAGAAUGAGGAGACAAAAUAGAUUGAGAACCUCUGCUGGCUACAAAUUACGCAGGAAAAACUUUCAAAGGUCUAACCAAAAACCACUCCAUGAUGGCUCUAAAUAAGAAAGCAAUUUGAAUUAACAUUUAGAAAAUCUAAGAAAUAAAGCUCAGAAACCAGACUAUAACAAAAUACCGUAUUUCUUCUAUCCCUACAGGAAGGAACUGUUGGCUGACAAUAAAGACAGGAUGUCAUUCUCAGAUAGUUCCGACCAUCCCUUUGAAAAAUGGACAAGAAUUACAAACUUAAUAAUAGAUAAAAACAAAUAAGGGUUUUAAUCUUUUGUGAGACACUCUUCAGAAUAAACCAGUUUUUCAAAAAAUUAAAUAAAAGAAAAAGCAAGAACUCUGCUGCCAAGAAGUAUGACUCUGACAAGAUGAAGAGUCACUUGAAGUCUAGACAGGCAUCUAAUUCUUAUGGCAAAACUAAUCGGCUCAGAGGUGACAGUCUCUCUAAGAGACUUAAACUAUCUACAAUGUAUGGACUAGAAGUCAAGGAGAAAAGUAAUUUUGGAAUUGGAAUGGUCUCUGUCAAACAAAGUCCAGGUCUGCCAAUGACAAAGAGAGGUUCAUUUAAACCAACAGAAGCAAUGUCAAUCAUGAAUGCAUCCAUGAAUGUGGAUAAAACUCCUCUAGAAAAGGAAAUUCGCCUCAGAGUUUCUGCAGUGGGCUUAGAGAAACUCCCUGGAGUCGAAGAAGAAGAGAAAAACAUCUUAAUUUCAAAGUUAGAAGAAAGUGACAACGUAUUAGCAGACUCUGUCUCUUCUCAAACUGAGCUAUCAAUCAACUUGAAAAUAAAAGUUUGUGAGCCUGAUAAAUACUUCCAACAAGAGAGCACAUUGAACAAUAAAUAAAAGUGCCAGUCUUACAGACCCUUCAGAGAGACUUACAAAGAUGGAGAAACACAUUAAUUCUCAAGAAGGAGACUCCCCUGACGUUGAUUCCCCUGAAGUUGAGUUUCUAGAAGCUGAUUCUGCUAAAGAUGAAGAGGAUAAUUACCUUACUGUUGAGAGAACAAAAUUCCACCGAAACCGGAGUAAAUCCACAAAAAUUCAAAUGAGCAAGAGCAAUGACAAUCUUAACUACAUAAAGGAUAAUAUGGAUAAGGUUUCAACUAAUGAAAAAUAACGUCAAACAAACCUCCAAAAAUCUUAAAAAAUUCAAAUGGUACAAUAAGGGUAGAUCCUUCACUAAAAGAAAAGCAAGAAUGGGAAAGCACAUCAAAGCAGUAAAACAUAAGCAUAAAUAAACAAAUCAAGCGAAAGCUGACAAGAGCAUCAACAAUAAAACAUAAAAAUCUCGAUUUAGUACCUGUAAUCAGAAAGAUGUCGUUCGACGCUCCUAAAAACUUUGAUAAACUUCAAUUACAGAAGGAAAUUGUAAAGAAGAGCAAGAGACCCCUUAAAAGAUUAACCAAAUAAACCUUCAAACUUGGUUCCUUUUCCAAUAUCAAAACUGAGCUCAAACAUUCAAUUCUUCUCAAGGGAUUAUAAAAAUCAAAACCUGGCUGGUGCUAAUUUCCUCCAAAUGAUAUCAAAACCAGUACGCUUUGGCUCCAAAGAAGGAAGUUCUUACAAACCCUCUUCAACACGUAGAAGUGAAUUCAGCAAUAGGCUAAAAUUCAAGAACUCUAUGAGUUCAAACAGACUCUACUCCGCUACUCUAAAUGUUGAAAAUUCUGAAUCAUUCCCAAUCAACAAAGGAAUGUAUGCUACAAAAUAACAAGAUCAAAGAUAAGCUUGACAAAAAUACAAAGACAUCAUACACGAGGAAAGCUGGAAAGUAUUCAGAAAUCUUAAGAAUAAUAAAAUCGAAGCUAUUCUCUGUCGUAAGAAACUCUCCUCCUCUUUGUAAACCACUCGUCAGCUUAGUAAUUAAAGAAAAAGAAGGAAAAUUAGCUAAGAGGAAGCUUAGUCUUCAAGAAGACCGUAAAUAAGAUAAUCAAGAAGGUAUCAAAAGCCCUCCAGCAGAAUUAGCAAGUAUACUUAUAAGAAACUCUCCACUGAAAUUAUGCAAAAGAAAACUACUUUUGACUCUUCUCUACUGGGCCAAGAUCUCAAACCUCCAUGUCUUGAGAGGCCCAUUGAGAAAAAUCAAAAGAAAAAGACUCAUUUAAGGCCUAAAACAGGUGGGAGAGAUCCUCACCUGAGAAUGAUUCAAAAACUAAAGUCUCAUUGAUCCAGUACAAUGCCAGAAAGAAUUAAAAGCAAACUAAAUUCAAAAAUUACAAAGCGAACUCGCCCAGAGGAUUUAUAUUCAACCCCAAUAAAGAAAAUCUUACCUCAAAAAGAUCAAACAUUAAUUUUCAAAGAGCAGCCAAAGACUAAAAUUAGAAUAAAGAAAAAGGUAGCAAAGAAAAGGAAAGUAAACACUAGCAUUAACACUCCUCCUGAAAUUCCAGAAAUUAAGUUCAAAAUCGUACCAAAAAGAGUUUUUAGCGCUGACCAACAAAGACCUCCUCAAAGAGAAGUGGCCAGAAAUAACUUUAUAAACAUAGAAAGCAAAUGAGUCCCUGCUGAAUGCAAAGAAGCUAAGCCUUCUCAAAGGAACAGAAAAUACAUUUUCAUGAACAAACAAGAAUUUGAUAACACCUUUAAUUCUUCUCAGGACAAAGCAGACCCCACCCAAAAUAAUCAGGGAGCACAGUCAAUAACUCACCAGCACAAAAAUAAGAAACCAACAUUAAAUCCAAAAAAUACUAAACAUAACAUUUUGGUGAGCAAAACAAUAAGAAAUCAAAAGCAAAAUAGAAUGGCCACAAAAUGCUUAAUGCCAAAAAGACCAGUAAAAUUGAACAGGAAGAUGAAUACUCAAGUAGACGAGAGCGUGACUCUUAAAAAGAAACGGUUGUUUUCGCCAAUUAUAUAUUCUAAAAAUAAGCUAAUGGAUCAAGAAUCAAUCAAUGAGAAAAAGAUAUCAGACUUAAAGUUCGCUUCUGUUCUUAAUAACAAGCCCAGAGUUAUGAGCAGAAAUCAAAAAAGUGUUUGCAGAGGUUAUAGAACAGAGAAAAAUACAUUUUCCAACAUUGUUGAUACCAAAAUUGCAUCCACUAGUAUAUAUUCAUAUACAUAUUUAUAACCUCUUUAAA